CUCUACAACACAUCCAUACCAGUGCUCGAAAAAAGAAUUGGGAAUCCCAGACUUUUGGGAUCUCUAUUUUGCAGGGUCAUUUACAUUUGCAUGUUCCAAUUCGCGAAAACUUUAAAAGAGAAAUAAAUUUUAAAAAGAAAAUUUUAGAAAACAUUUCUCGAAAGUCUGCAAAAAUCAGCAGACCCCAAUCCCGAUCUCCACGAUGUCAGAAAAUUCGGACAAACCGCCCACAAAGCGGGUUAAAAUGGAUCCAAGCAGUGGUGCGGGAACCUCCCAGCAGCAGCAGGGAAUCCAGGGUGUUGUGGGUGCCGCAGAAGCUGUGGCGGCUGCAGUCGGUGGUGGAGCGGGUGGAUCGCAGGACAAACGCCAGGAUGUGCCCGAAGACUGCAGGUGCCAGAUCCAGAAACAGUAUAUGCUCCUGCAGCACGCACACAAGUGCAAUCGCGAGGUUUGCAACGUCACUUGCUGCAAAGCGAUGAAGGCGGAGCUGGCGCACGUGAAGCAGAGCAAGGACUGCAAGCAGGGCAAGGACUGCACCAUGCUGUACUGCUUCUCCUUGCGCCAACAGGCACGCCACUACAAAAACUGCACCAACAGCACCUGCACAUUCUGCUCUCCGCUCCGCCAGAAAGCCAAUGUCGGUGGCGGCGCAGGCAGUGAUGCGACCCUCGGCGGGGGUCCACACGCCCCACACACUGACAGUGUUUAGGCUUAAGCUUGGCUCAAGCUUGCAGCACCGCGGAAUGGAAAAAUUCCUGCCAACUUCAUAUAAAAACAUGUAUCCGUGUAUCCGUGUAUCCGUGUAUCCGUACUUAUUCAGUAUAUUUAUGUAGGAAUACAUGUUUUUUUU